UCAUACCCGGCCCGUAGCGCUUCCGAACUGCUUCUUAUCGCAUCGCCUUCCACGUUUUCUCCCUGUCAUUAGUAGCGCUGCAGAUACGGCCGGGGAUACACUGUCCUCUCCGUUCGGUUCGUCUCCAGAAGAUUCGUACGAGCCCGCCGCCGCCCCCGGAGAUGGCCGUGCUGUGCGCUCAACCCCCGUCCAUCGGGGCGAUGCUGACGUGGCACCGGAGGCUGGUGUUCCUGGUGGGGAUUUUCGAGACGAUGGUCUGGUCGGGCACGAUCUUCGGGUGGGCGUCCCUGGUCCACGUGCUGAAGACCAUGGGCGUGUACAGCCACUUGUGCAAGGAGUCUCUGCACCAAGUCUACUCCCUGUCCAGCAACGCCACGCGGGAGGUCGACGAUACGAUGCUGGUGCUGAAGGACUCGACGAAGCUGGCGUGCAGUAGCCAGGACCAGCAAUUCGCCCUCAUAUACACCGUCGCGUGCGUGUUGUAUUCCAUCCCCGGCAUCCUCCUCGGCUACUGCCUCCACCACUUCGGCCUCGCCGUCACCCGCGUCCUGGGGGGCCUGCUGAUCUCCUCGGGCUUCGUCCUCCUGGCGCUCACCACUGCGGAUUCCCCGUCCUACCUAUGGGGCGCCGCCAUUUUCCUUUCCAUUGGCGGGAACAUCAUCCGAAUGGCUGGACUGCAACUUGGGAAUCUAUUUCCCGAACGCCGGAACACCGCCAUGGCGAUCAUCAGCGGGAUGUUCACGCCCUCUGCCGGGAUGUUUAUCAUAUUACAGUAUGCUCGUGAAGCCGGAUUGCCUUGGGUGUACAUCUGUGCAGGCUUUGCUGGUGUUGCUUCCUUUAUCCUCCUAUUCACGCCCUUGAUGCCCCGCCACCAUGUACCUUACACUGACGAAAUAGAGACGAAGGACGAAGUGAAGGACGAGAAAGCAGACAUGAAACCGGUGCGGGAGAGCAUAUUCUCGUGGUCCAACACCUUCCACACUUACUGGGUCUUCUCCAACAUGUUCUGCGUCGUGUUGUUCAGCACUUACUUCAACUCGUGGGUUAACAAGUUCUCGGAGACUACGGAGGAAGCGGCGCACUAUUCUCGCAUGUACGGGUAUGCCAACAUGCUGUGCUUCUUCGUUUCACCUCUGCCUGGCCUCCUGGUCGAUGCCAUCGCUACAAGGUUCCAGAAAGGAAAGACCGGCUUAGAGAAGCACAUCGCCUCCGUCCAAGCCACAAUAAUCCCCAUGAUCUUAGUAACGUUAACAGUCACCGUCCAGCUGGGUAGCCUCAUGUUCCAGGGACCGGCGGCUGUGUAUAUAGGCCUAGUGUGCUUAAGUAUCAACAGACCUUCUUGCCUGGCUGUCGGCAAUCCAUUGAUCAGGAUAAGAUUUCCAGUAGAACACUUCAACCGCGUGGUCGGGUUCCAGGGCACGGCAGUCGCUCUCCUGACGCUGCUCCAGUACCCGCACUUCACCUGGGUGCAGUACCAACAUACCAUUGCCUUCGCAGUGACGCUGUUCGCCCUCUCCUUGAACCUGACUCACCCUCUCCACCUGUGCAGCAAGAAGUACCUGUCGAGGGUCUUGUCCUUCGACCAAUCUCAUUCUCAGGAAAAGCCAACCAAAGUGUGAAUGCCAUCCCGGUGCACUUGUUAUGUUUAAAGUCUUAGAGUUUAUAUUUAAUAGAGAGAACAAAUGAUUAUAUUUUAUGAAGCGAAAA